AUGGCUGUUAAGGAAGACAGUUUGUGGACGGCGUGGCAGUUGUGUGAUGAUGACUGCCGUGAUAGUGACCGUGAUGAUGACUGCCGUGAUAGUGAGUGUGAUGAUGACUGCCGUGAUAGUGAGCGUGAUGAUGACUGCCGUGAUAGUGAGCGUGAUGAUGACUGCCGUGAUAGUGAGCGUGAUGAUGACUGCCGUGAUAGUGAGUGUGAUGAUGACUGCCGUGAUAGUGAGCGUGAUGAUGACUGCCGUGAUAGUGAGUGUGAUGAUGACUGCCGUGAUAGUGAGAGUGAUGAUGACUGCCGUGAUAGUGAGCGUGAUGAUGACUGCCGUGAUAGUGACCGUGAUGAUGACUGCCGUGAUAGUGAGUGUGAUGAUGACUGCCGUGAUAGUGAGCGUGAUGAUGACUGCCGUGAUAGUGAGCGUGAUGAUGACUGCCGUAAUAGUGAGCGUGAUGAUGACUGCCGUGAUAGUGAGUGUGAUGAUGACUGCCGUGAUAGUGAGUGUGAUGAUGACUGCCGUGAUAGUGAGCGUGAUGAUGACUGCCGUGAUAGUGAGCGUGAUGAUGACUGCCGUGAUAGUGAGCGUGAUGAUGACUGCCAUGAUAGUGAGUGUGAUGAUGACUGCCGUGAUAGUGACCGUGAUGAUGACUGCCGUGAUAGUGAGCGUGAUGAUGACUGCCGUGAUA